CGGUAGUGGUUUUGAUGACAAAGAUUUUUAUCCGAUAUAUUUGUUUCGUUUUCGAUGCUGUAUCGAGAAUCUUUAUUAUGAUGUAGAACAUAAACCAUUGAAAGUGGGAAUUGGUAAGAAGUAAGUGGAAGUAUACAGGUGUUUGCGAAUAUGGUCAAAAACGCCAUCUUAAUUCGAGACGAUGGAAUAACUUCUCAGAGUCCAAUGCAGUCUCCGUCAUUAGCAAUUAUCAAGUUUUUGGUUAAAUAUUGUGGUGCUGACUUAAGUUGUAAAGAUGAGUCGGGCAAAACUGCUUUACAUCAUGCUGUUGAUGUUGGUGAAACAGACAUUGUCAAAUAUUUUCUUGAACAAUGUGGUGCUGAUGUAAAUGACAAGGAUAAAAUAGGAUGGACAACGCUGAACUACGCUGUUAUUAAAGUUAGGCCGGAAAUAUUGAAAUAUCUUGUUGAACAUGGCGCUGAUACAAAUGGCAAGGAUAUUCACGGGUGGACAGUGCUGCACAAUGCUGUUAAAAACGGUCGGCUAGAAAUGGUGAAAUAUCUAGUUGAACAUGGCGCUGAUGUAAAUGGAAAGAAUACUUAUGCCUACGGGGAGACAGUGCUGCAAUAUGCUGUUACUGAAGGUUUACUAGAAAUGGUAAAAUAUCUUGUUGAACACGGCGCUGAUGUAAAUAGCAAUGAUACUGACGGAUGGACAGUGUUGCACAGUGCUGUUACAAAAGCUACAUUAGAAAUUGUAAAAUAUCUUGUUGAAAAUGGCGCUGAUGUAAAUGGUAAGAGGAAUGACGGAUGGACAGUACUGCACUCUGCUGCUACUGAAGGUACGAUAGAAAUAGUAAAAUAUCUUGUUGAACACGGCGCUGAUGUAAAUAGCAAUGAUACUGACGGAUCGACAGUGUUGCACAGUGCUGUUACAAAAGCUACAUUAGAAAAGGUAAAAUAUCUUGAUGUAAAUGGUAAGAGCAAUCCCAGGACAGUGCUUAACUAUGCUAGUGAAGGUAUGCUGAAAAUAGUAAAAUAUCUUGUUGAGAAAAGCGCUGAUGGAAAUGGCAAGGAUAAUGACGGAUGGACAGUGCUUCACUAUGCUGUUACUAAACGUACGCUAGAAAUUGUAAAAUAUCUUGUUGAAAACGGCGCUGAUGUAAACAGCAAGAAAAUUAACGGGGAGACAGUGCUGCACUCUGCUGUUAAUAAACGUACGCUAGAAAUGGUCAAAUAUCUUGUUGAAAAGGGGGCUGAUGUCAAUGGCAAAGAUACUAACGGAGAGACAGUGCUGCACGCUGCAGUAACCCAAGGUUCGCUAGAAAUGGUAAAAUACCUCGUUGAAAACAGGGCUGAUGUAAAUAGUGGGAAAACUAACGGGUGGACUGUGCUGCACUCUGCCGUUACAGAAGUUAGGCUAGAAAUGGUAAAAUAUCUUGUUGAACAUGGCGCUGAUUUAAAUCGCCAGAAAACUAAGGGGUUGACAGUGCUGCACAAAGCUGUUACUAGAAGAAGCCUAGAAAUAGUUAAAUAUCUUGUUAAAAAUGGCGCUAAUGUAAAUUGUACGGAUACUCGUGGAUGCACAGUGCUGCACUCUGCUGUUACUAAAGGUAAACUAGAAAUGGUAAAAUAUCUUGUUGAACUUGGCGCUGAUGUAAAUGGCAAAAAGACUAAUGGGUGGACAGUGCUGCACUCUGUUGUUACUAAACGUUCUCUGGAAAUGGUAAAAUAUCUUGUUGAAAACGGCGCUGAUGUAAAUGGAAAGAUGACUGACGGAUGGACAGUGCUGCAUACUGCUGUUACUGAAAGUACCCUGAAAAUAGUAAAAUACCUUGUUGAAAACGGAGCUGAUGUAAAUAGUAAGGAUACCGAUGGCUGGACUGUGCUGCACCCUGCUGUCAUUGUAGGCAUGCUUAGAAUGGUAAAAUAUCUUGUUGAAAACGGCGCUGAUGUAAAUGGUGAGAAUACUGAAGGUUACACAGUGCUGCACUCUGUUUCUGAUAUAAAUGCCAAGCAAAGUGCCGGGAGUACAGCGCCGGAUGAUGUUGUUUUAUAUGAAGAUAGACUAGGAAUUAUGAAAUAUCUUGUUGAACAUGGCGCUGAUGUAAAUGGAAAGCAUACUGACGGGUGGACAGUACUGCAUAAUGCAGCUUCUCAAGGUACGUUAGAAAUGGUAAAAUAUCUUGUUGAAAAGGGCGCUGACGUAAAUGGAAAAGAUACUGACGGAUCCACAGUGCUGCACAGUGCUGUUGCUGGAGGUACGCUAGAAAAGGUAAAAUAUCUUGUUCAAAAUGGAGCUGAUGUAAAUGGAAAAGACACUGGCGGAUCGACAGUCCUGCGCUAUGCUGUUACUGAAGGCACGCUAGAAAUGGUAAAAUAUCUUGUUGAAAAUGGAGCUGAUGUAAAUGAAAAAGAUACUGACGGAUGGACAGUGCUGCGCUAUGCUGUUACUGAAGGUACGCUAGAAAUAGUAAAAUAUCUUGUUCAAAAUGGAGCUGAUGUAAAAGAAAAAGAUACUGACGGAUGGACAGUGCUGCGCUAUGCUGUUACUGAAGGUACGCUAGAAAUAGUAAAAUAUCUUGUUCAAAAUGGAGCUGAUGUAAAUAGAAAAGUUACUGACGGAUGGACAGUGCUGCGCCAUGCCGUUACUGAAGGCACGCUAGAAAUAGUAAAAUAUCUUGUUCAAAAUGGAGCUGAUGUAAAAGAAAAAGAUACUGACGGAUGGACAGUGCUGCGCGCUGUUACUGAAGGUACGCUAGAAAUAGUAAAAUGUCUUGUUCAAAAUGGAGCUGAUGUAAAUGGAAAAGAUACUGACGGACGGACAGUGCUGCGCUAUGCUACUACUGAAGGUAGGAUAGAAAUAUUAAAAUAUCUUGUUGAAAACGGCGCUGAUGUAAAUGGAAAAGAUACUGACGGAUGGACAGUGCUGCGCCACGCUGUUACUGAAGGUACGCUAGAAAUGGUAAAAUAUCUUGUUCAAAAUGGAGCUGAUGUAAAUGGAAAAGAUACUAACGGAUGGACAGUGCUGCGCCAUGCUGUUACUGAAGGUACGCUAGAAAUGGUAAAAUAUCUUGUUCAAAAUGGAGCUGAUGUAAAUGGAAAAGAUACUGACGGAUGGACAGUGCUGCGCUAUGCUGUUACUGAAGGUACGCUAGAAAUGGUAAAAUAUCUUGUUCAAAAUGGAGCUGAUGUAAAUGGAAAAGAUACUAACGGAUGGACAGUGCUGCGCUAUGCUGUUACUGAAGGUACGCUAGAAAUGGCAAAAUAUCUUGUUGAAAAUGGAGCUGAUGUACGUGGAAAAGAUACUGACGGAUCGAUAGUGCUGCACAGUGCUGUUACUGAAGGUAGGCUAGAAAUAGUAAAAUAUCUUGUUGAACAUGGCGCUGACGUAACUCUUAAAAGUAAACACAGCGUUCAUACUAUUGGCAUUGACAUCCUGAAAAUGGCUGUUGAGAAAAAUUCAGUUGCUUUGGUCAAUUUUCUGUUGGAAAAGGACAUCGCUGUGUGGAGAGCUGGAACAUUUCUUGUUGAAGGAAGACAAAUGAGUCUUCUUGAAUGGAGUAUUCACCUCGGUCAUGAUGAAAUAGCAACUAUCCUCAAAAGGUCCGUAAAUCAUCGUGAGAAGAUUCAGAUGUUGAGAACAAUGGAUUGCAACAAAUUAGAAGAGGUUGAAACACCAAUGCAGGCUUUUGUCGCAAAGAAUCAAUUCAAAAUUGGUGAUGGUGGUUUUUCUUGCGUCUAUGUUGGUCUCAUGAAGGAUGGAAGUGAAGUUGCUGUUAAGAGAAUUUUGGUGCAAACUGAGGAUGAAACAGUUGAAAACGAAAAGGAAAUCAUGAAUCUCAUUCAAACAAACUCUCCAUUCAUAGUGAAAUAUCGACAUUUUCACCGUGACGAUACCUUCAUGUAUCUUAUUGUUGAUCUUUGCGAAGAAACCUUGAGGGAACUUGUUCAUGCAAGCAGUAUUGAAUAUCUACAAGAGCAAGGUCCACGAAUGAUUAGGGAAAUUCUAUCCGGACUUGAAUUUCUUCAUGGUAAAGGAAUAUUGCACAGAGAUCUAAAACCAUCAAACGUCCUGGUUGAUAUCGAAGGCCGCAUGAAAUUGGCAGACUUUGGAAUAAGCCGCGUUGUUAAUGAAGAUGAAACGACAGUUGAAACAGAUGCAAAAGGUACUCGUGGAUGGAUGCCACCGGAAGUAAUUGAAGCAAUAGUUAAAAAAGAAAAAAGUCGUUUUAAAAGGAAAUCAGAUGUCCAUGUCGCGGGUAUGAUUGCUUUUUACGUGUUAACCAAAGGUGAACAUCCCUUUGGAUCUGCAUUAGAUCGAAUGAAAAAUAUUUUAGAGAAUAAUCCUGUCAAUUUGGAGAAACUUGGUGACCGCGAUGCUCGUAGGUUUGUGUCGUGGCUGAUUAGUUACAAGAUUGAUGAUAGACCUCACGCUCACGAAGCAUUGGGGGAUUCCUUAUUUAUCAACACCACAACGAACACAGCGAGCAAUUAGACAACCAACCACGACGUUUGUUUGAAAUGACGAAUCCUUCCUAGUCCAAGUUUGUUCUUGAAGGGAAAACUUGGAGCGACACAAGGGCGACAGAACAUAGCUAAUUUUAAAGUAAUUAUCACAAUAAUAUAGUAGAGGGGGACAACCCAAGUUUGUCCUUGAAGGGGAACUUUUGAGCGACAAAAAUUCGACAUAAGGGCGACAGAACCAGUCGCAUUUUUUUUUGCACGGUUGUCAAGUAAUACUUUUAUAUAUAUUAUUAGCGUGAUAAUAGUUUAGCAGAAUGUGCUGUAGUUCUUAUCUAUAAAUCCAAAUUAGCUCGCGUUGAGCAUUACAUAGAUUUUUUACAUUG